AUGCGUGCCUCGCCUCCCCACGCGUGCCUCGCCUCCCCACGAGUGCCUCGCCUCCCCACGAGUGCCUCGCCUCCCCACGAGUGCCUCGCCUCCCCACGAGUGCCUCGCCUCCCCAAGAGUGCCUCGCCUCCCCACGAGUGCCUCGCCUCCCCACGAGUGCCUCGCCUCCCCACGCGUGCCUCGCCUCCCCACGCGUGCCUCGCCUCCCCACGAGUGCCUCGCCUCCCCACGAGUGCCUCGCCUCCCCACGAGUGCCUCGCCUCCCCACGAGUGCCUCACCUCCCCACGCGUGCCUCGCCUCCCCACGCGUGCCUCGCCUCCCCACGAGUGCCUCACCUCCCCACGCGUGCCUCGCCUCCCCACGCGUGCCUCGCCUCCCCACGAGUGCCUCGCCUCCCCAUGCGUGCCUCGCCUCCCCACGCGUGCCUCGCCUCCCCACGAGUGCCUCGCCUCCCCACGAGUGCCUCGCCUCCCCACGAGUGCCUCGCCUCCCCAAGAGUGCCUCGCCUCCCCAAGAGUGCCUCGCCUCCCCAAGAGUGCCUCGCCUCCCCACGAGUGCCUCGCCUCCCCACGCGUGCCUCGCCUCCCCACGCGUGCCUCGCCUCCCCACGCGUGCCUCGCCUCCCCACGAGUGCCUCGCCUCCCCACGCGUGCCUCGCCUCCCCACGCGUGCCUCGCCUCCCCACGAGUGCCUCGCCUCCCCACGAGUGCCUCGCCUCCCCACGAGUGCCUCGCCUCCCCACGAGUGCCUCGCCUCGCCACGGGUUCCUCGCCACGGGUUCCUCGCCACGGGUUCCUCGCCACGGGUGCCUCGCCACGGGUGCCUCGCCACGGGUUCCUCGCCACGGGUGCCUCGCCACGGGUGCCUCGCCACGGGUUCCUCGCCACGGGUUCCUCGCCACGGGUUCCUCGCCACGGGUGCCUCGCCACGGGUGCCUCGCCACGGGUUCCUCGCCACGGGUUCCUCGCCACGGGUUCCUCGUCACGGGUGCCUCGCCACGGGUGCCUCGCCACGGGUUCCUCGCCACGGGUGCCUCGCCACGGGUUCCACGCCACGGGUUCCUCGCCACGGGUGCCUCGCCACGGGUGCCUCGCCACGGGUGCCUCGCCACGGGUGCCUCGCCCUACACAAUGUUGAUUCCCACUCAACACUUUUAA